AUGAACACCGAGACCUGCGUUUCAUACAGCGACAUGACAUCCAUGGAUUCAUAUUAUAGCGCCUCUGCAGCAGCGCAAGGCAGGGAUCACCAGGCGGACCACUUUAGGACAUUCCCGGCCACUGACACCAAAUACAGCCCCACCGCCUUCCUGCCCAACAAAGGUCAGGCGUACGGAGAGAAGUCCCGGAGCCCCUUCCAACAGGAGUGCCAGUCAUUGGAUGCCGCCGCAGCUGGGCAAGGCACUUUCGGUAAAUACCACCUGUUUAUGCAGAGGUCGUCUUGCAAAACGUCCUCCGAGGAAGGCAAGCUGCACCCGGAGAGGGGACACAACGGAGGGCUCAUCCCCUGCUACGGUAAAGACGGUUCAGGUCUGACCGACAGCGAGCUGGCCCCGGACUCCGACCCGCCUGGAAUGGACACCAGCUACCUGACUCUGAAGGAUCAAGGUGUCAAGCCGGCCUCCGACAGGCUGCCCGGCACCGACCUAGCGAGCCCUAUGGACAAAGCCGAUGGCGGCGAAAGCAACAAAGGCAAGAAGAGACGUAACCGCACGACCUUCACCAGCUACCAGCUGGAGGAGCUGGAGAAGGUUUUCCAGAAGACGCACUACCCUGACGUGUACGCUCGGGAGCAGCUCGCACUGAGGACGGACCUGACUGAAGCCCGGGUGCAGGUCUGGUUCCAGAACCGCAGAGCGAAGUGGAGGAAGAGGGAGCGCUUCGGUCAGAUGCAGCAGGUCCGAACACACUUCUCAACCGCUUAUGAACUGCCGCUUCUGACGCGUCCGGAGAACUACGCACAGAUCCAGAACCCUUCCUGGAUCGGCGGCGGCAGUGCAGCGUCUCCUCUGCCGGGCUGCGUGGUGCCCUGCGACACUGUGACCUCCUGCAUGACCCCUCACCCCCACUCUGCCAGCGGGAUGUCCGACUUCCUGGGCGUGCCGAGCCCCGGGGGUCACGUGGGCCAGGCUCACAUGGGCAGCCUGUUCGGAGGGUCUCCUGGCAUGGGCGCGGGCAUCAACGGGUACGAUCUCAACAUGGACCCGGACCGCAAGUCCUCCAGUAUCGCCGCUUUGCGCAUGAAGGCCAAAGAGCACAGUGCGGCCAUAUCCUGGGCCACAUGA